AUGAAGGAACUUACAGAAAUGCCGUUCCUACGAGAACUUAUGGGCUUCAGUAGCGGCGUUCUCUAUGUGGAUCCUCGUCAGAAUGCGUUCCCUCCAUUUACCAAGGAAUUUAACCGCCAGUUUGGCUUCGGCUUCGGGGUCGACGAGAUAAACGAUAUGUUGAACUGCAGGGGCGUCCGCGGAGAGCUAAAUGCCAUGGCGAUUUACAUCGGAAAUAAAUUGGAGAAUGGGCUCUCUAUGUCUGUGAACGCGAGUGGGGACGCGUUCUUCAUUGGUACGACGGCCAAAGGCGAGCCAGCUACUAGCAACGUGCUAUGGGGUGCAGCGAACUUUGUGUACGAGGCGAUGGAUUAUUACCCAGAUGACAAUUGCGCGAAAGAGCAACGCCAGCAGAAGUUUCGCAAAUGGAGUCGCAGAUAUGCGCUUGAGACCUGGGAGCCCAUGGCGGGGAAUGCCGGUGUCAUUUUGUACCAGACGGAUCCUUUCUUGUGUGCGGCGCAUUGGCCGACAGUGGAUCAUCGCGCACCGUAA